GUAUGAAGCGUUGGCUGGAGAAGUGUGGAUCCUCCUGGAGGGUUUAUUCUGGGCGGUCUCUCUCUCUCUCUCAGCAACAGGGGCUUCUGUGUUAACUGAGGCUAAAUAAACACAGAUGAACUGUCGAGCACAUUCACAAAAAUGUCCUGGCUAUGUCUGCACAAGAGUGUGGAAACCGCAGCAGCAGCGCGUCCCUCGCAGACACACGCUGACAUGAGCUCUGAGCAGCAGAAGAAGACAUGCUACUCAUCACAGACCCGAUGAAGCGAUGAAGAACCCUCAUCUGAGCGAGAUCCUGCCGUCAGGACACAAGAGACCCAAGCGCAAAGCGAGGGAGCCAGUGAGGCGCGGCAUGCCUAACGCGCACCUCGCGGCGGAGACGGAGACAGAGACAGAGACGCGCGGCUCGCGGACCCUCGCGUCGAGGGACGACGGCGCGUUCAGUGCCGCGCUGGACAUGAGGAUCAAUGCCGCGCCUGACUCCAGACUCGGAGAGCAGCCUGUCAGCGGCAGAAGCGUCGCGGCGCAGGAGCGAGCGUUGCCUCAGGAAUGGCCUCGGGAACGCGCCAUCCAGCAGACGCGCCGACUGCUCGCGAACGCGCGCGAGAGGACGCGCGUGCACACCAUCAGCGCAGCCUUCGAGGCGCUGCGGAAACAGGUGCCCUGCUACUCGUACGGCCAGAAGCUCUCCAAGCUGGCUAUAUUAAGAAUCGCUUGCAACUACAUACUGUCUCUGGCUCAGCUGGCAGACCUGGACUACUCUCCGGACCAGAGCAAGCUGAGCUUCAGGGAGUGUGUGGAGCAGUGCACCCGGACGCUGCAGGCCGAGGGACGCUCCAAGAAGAGGAAGGAAUAAAAUGAAGAAAGUGAAGGUGGAGAAAGAAGGACCUCAGUCCAUCAACAUGAAGACGCUCUCCCCGUGCGGGAAAAGCCUUGUAAUGAAAGUGUAAAGUGAUUUUACACUGCACUAUUGACUUUACUACAGCGAACCGAGUCGAAAACAAAACCGCUCCAGGCUCUGAAUAAUAUGCUGGUCUACAACGUUUGCACGGCAGAAACACAGAUGAUGUGAAAGCAGCUCAUUUUCCAUUGUUGCAGCAGACUGGUUAUAUAUUUUGGUUUGUUUUGCAGUGUUCUUAUACAGUUUAAGAACUCAAACACAGCUACAAGUUCAUGUGCAAAUUAUGUCAAAAAUGUCCUGCCAUGUGCAAGAAAGUGCACUUUUUUUCCCUUUUUGUAAUCCAUAUAAUUGUUAUUCUUUAUUUCAUCAAAUACAUCAUAAACUAUCAUAUAAAUGAAAAUGCAUAUGAUAAAUUCAGCACUCAUCUCUUGUCUUCCAUUUGGUUGGUAUUAACAAUCUGUUCUCAAACAGGAGUCUAUGUGGCUCUGUCAGCCAGUCGCUGACUGUAUUAUAUAAAUGUAUUUACUGUUGAAAUACUUUGUUGUAAUUAAACGU